AUGGAGAUGCCAAUUCUGAUUCACGAAAUCAAGCACUACCUCACGUACAGUUACGUCGAGGGCCUGGACUUUGACAAGAUCUGUCGACGGUGCAACCACGAUCUACACUGUGCCAGACCUAAACUUGAUGCCGCCUUCUACGAGCCACGAGAUCGUGACGAGAAAUUCAUGGUAUGUGCUUUACGACGGUAUGACAAUGCUCGAUCUCGAUGGUCUGCGACCCAAAUGGGUACCGUGGUAGGUCAUCUCUGUGUCUGGGACCAGGAUGGCAGGGACGGUAAAGCAUAUUUUGUCACAGACUACAACGAACAUAGGUGGUCUGGCCUUUUCUUCCCUCAAUUUGGCGAGAUUCAGGGGCAUCCUAACGCACCAGCUCCUCCGAAGAUUCCCUUGCGCCAUUGGACCGUACGCUUUGUGUAUGCGAGGGUUCCCGAGCAUCUUGCGAACGGCGCUGUUGCGUUCAAGUGGACCAAGGCCGAGCUAGCUCCCGGCGAAAGUUCGUAUUUCCAGAUUCGUGAAGGACCGCAGGCUGGCACGAUGUUGCCGGACCCUUUGGUCCUCCCGUACCACCGAGAGACGGAGCAGGCCCUCCGUCUACGUGGUGAUGAAGUGUCUCGUUACAUUUCAUCUGACAGCGCUUGA